AAUAAAAUAAAAUAAAAUAAAAUAAAAUAAAAUAAAAUAAAAUAAAAUAAAAUAAAAUAAAAUAAAACAGUCUGUAGCAAGAUAAAUUUGUAAUUGUUGAAAUAUAACCUCUAAAUGUUGAGAAUCAGAGCCGGGACUAGAUCAAGUUAAAUUAAAAUAAAAUAAUAUAAAAUAAAAUAAAAUAAAAUAAAAUAAAAUAAAAUAAAAUAAAAUAAAAUAAAAUAAAAUAAAAUAAAAUAAAAUAAAAUAAAAUAAAAUAAAAUAAAAUAAAAUAAAAUAAAAUAAAAUAAAAUAAAAUAAAAUAAAAUAAAAUAAAACAGUCUGAAGCAAGAUAAAUUUGUAAUUGUUGAAAUAUAACCUCUAAAUGUUGAGAAUCAGAGCCGGGACUAGAUCAAGUUAAAUUAUUUCGGAAAGAAAAAAAUGGAUUGCUGGUUCUUUUCUGAAUCUAAAAUUUUCAAUAUUUCAAAUUUGAAUGAAAUUAUUUAAAAUUUUCCCUUUAAACAUUGUUAAAUGAUAUCUAGUCUAUAUCUAUAAUUACACAACUCCAUAUAAAAAUUUCCUGCCAUCAAAGCUCGUACACCCGUUAUUGGAGUUGAAAAUAUAAUAUUUUCAGACCCAUUUCCUAGAUUUUUUUGUCUUUUUUCACAGCUUGUAUUAUGAAAGACUGAAAAAUGAGUGCUGAUUGUUGUUAUGAAAGAAUUUUGUAUACAAAUUGAUACUUUAAAGCAUCUCAUUCGUAUUGCAUACUACAGGUGCUACGCACAUUAGGGUAGUUCUAAAGAUCUCAAAUGAAAACUAUUUUUUUGUUUAAUUCAUAGCUUCAAUCGGUAAAUUUUUCUGGUAGAGAUGGACCAUUUAGCUUAUCAAAGGAAUUUAAAAUAUAUACCGUAUUCAAAACUCGGUUUUUUCUCUGAAAUUUAAAAAUUUCAAAGUUCGUAUUUUUAUAUGACCACGCUAAUAUCUACACACACACGUCACAAAUUAAGAGUGAAUAAUACACACCUUGUGUUUAUUCAUCAACUUUUAUAGAUUUUGUUAGCAUAUGCGAGUAUGUGCUUUUAUUUGUUUAUAAGUAUAGAGGUAUGUAUGUAUGAUGGUGUAUUUGGUGCCCAUCAUGUGAAUUAUCAAAGUUGUUUAAUUUGCAGCCACUAACAGACGCAAUCAUUGGAGCGUACCGCACAGGUGCCAAAAAUAUGCUCAUUUAUCGCAGCUAAACAAAAAAAAAAAAAGAAUAUUUAAAUGACUGUGAAUGUAUAUACCCACUCAGGUAUUUUUGAAUAGGCGAGCGGAAGAAUGGAAAUUCGUGUUAGAAUUUAAUAAUAGGCCUCGAUUUGAUUAUAUUAAAGGAAAAUAAUAAUUUGUUUAUUACCAGAAAUUAAUAUUGCUGUUUAUUAGUGUUACAAAAAUUCUAUUUUUCGAUAUAUUGUUAAAUAAGAAAGUUUGCGAGGUUUUGUACUAUUUUCUGUAUAUUAAAGGAAAUUUAAAUUCCGUUAACACAAUCACAUAAAUCUGGGAGUCGUACUAAUAUGUACCUUACAUUUUUGGGUUCACUGAAUCCGAAUCCGAGGUCCAUUAGAUUUGGAAUGACGGAGGUUCUCGGGAGCACGGUUGUGGAAUCCGGUGUCGGUGUUUCGAAAUUCAUAAUUUCGGAUCCCAUAUGAUGGACACUUUUUUUUGAAAAAUUCAACGGAUUCACUCGAAACUCGUUACUGGGGGCGGGUGAUAAUUCAUUCUACUUCUAAAAUAUUUCCUUAUAUCCGAAUUUUUUGGGAAACAUGGCCACAUAGUCUCUUUUUAGCUCGAUACUCUUGACCCAGCUGUUAUCGAUCUUCUUUAAGUCGUAUGAAAAUAUGAUGUCUGAAGAUCUGCAAAGUAGAGACCUCCUUGGCAGCGUUAACUUUCUCAUUGGACUAAAAUUUGUGUGACAUUUUCAAGUUUGAAAAAAAUAGAAGUCGUUCGACAGCUCGAAGAAAAAUCUGGAGUUUACGGUGGAUGGGGUAGCAAUUCGUAACCUUAAUAUAGCUCUUUUUCCUACAAUACUUUGGAUCCGCCCAAUAAUAGAGAGACCUCUGGCCGUUUUCUUUUUCUUCAGAUAAAUCACAUCUUGGGAAUGACAGAAAAUGGUUGCCACCAUCUUUCCGCGUGGUUCGGUGAAAGUUUUCCUGGUGAAAUCGACUAUAACAUUGGUUCAGGAUAUGACCCAUGCGAUCUUUUCUGAAGCCUGUUGCUUCAGCUAUGUACCUUCAAUCGACGGCCUGCCAAAACGAAAUUGUGGACUGUUCUCCAGAGUCCGCGACGUGAAAUUUCGUUGAAACUGGUUAAAUAAAUUUUUGGGGGUCUCCAUCUAUAUAUUUUAGUAUAUUUUUUAUGAAAGAUAUGACCCAUGCGGUCUUUUCUGAAGACUAUUGUCUUGGUUAUCUAACACAGCUUCAAUCGACGGUCUGCCAAAACCAAAUUAUGGACUAUCACGUUGUCUUCCAUGGUCCCCUACGUAGGAUCGCGUUGAAACUGGUUAAAUCAAUUUUUUGGGGUCCCCAUCCAGCGAAGAAUUGGACAUACAGACUGCAGAACGAAUUGAAUGUUGACGAUUAAGAAUUUGGUAAUUUAAAAAAGUGUUCCCGGGUGAAAAGGUAAAUAUUAUCAAUCAAGAGAUCUGUAAAUAUAAAUGUGUCUCAUAUUGUUUAUAUUAUUAUUUAUGAAAAACUUUCCAUGCUUUAUCGAGAAGUAUUGAAGUCAUCUGGUAAACAACGAUUUUUGGCUAAUCGAAGAUCUUGGGUCAAAAUUUCGUAGAAUUGUUUGUGUGACUUGGUGACCUUAAGUUCUGUGUGUGUGUGUGUGCUUAUCGGAUUGUCAUCUCAAAGCUAUUGCGCUUUGUUUUGGUUUUCCUCCCCGUUUUACUCUUUGUGUUUUCAUCGUUUUUGUUGUUUUUUGUUUUUUUACGGUUUUGUUGUGCGACUGAAUGAAAUUUUCGUUUGCCUUUGACUACUGUUGUAUGCCACGUGCCAGUCAUCAAACGCCACACUUCCCGGUGGCGCCCAACGACUCCCCACUAACUUCGUAUUUCUGUUACGCUCUUUUUUCAAACAAAAAUGGUAGGGGUUGGACACCGGGUGGCGCACAGCGCACAAAACUAUGCUAUAUAUACAGUUAUAUGUGGGUGUGUGUAACCAAGGCCCAUUCAGAAGUGUCGUAGCUGUCAUCCAGGACUACGCGAAGGCGUAUGGUCGUGUGUAAAAAUAGUAAAAGCUUUCGGCAUAACAAAAACAAGAACAACACAUAGCAAUAAUAACAACAAAAUUGUAGAGGAAAUAAAUAAACAUACCGAAAGGAAACGAAUGAAAUGCUCGACAUAACAAAAGCUCAGCGGAAAAAUUCGCAGACGACAAGGCAAAAGCAACACAAAUGUCAAGCCAGCAAUUGUGAGGCAUGCGCAAAUCAGUGCCGUAGUAAUUGUGUGCAAAAGAAACAAAAACAAAUUGCAACAAAAGUGAAGUUGGUCUCCAUAGAAAUCAGCUGGAGGUCACACAUAUUCGCGCAUUCUAUACAUAAAGACAGCAUGUGAUUUCAAAGCGUUUGUCAUAUGACAGCGCUGAUUUGCCCUAAAUGUGUCCACAUGCUGGUGGAAAUUUUUGCGCAAUUGAAUUGAUUUGAUAGUUUACAGCUUAGUUGCUGUAUUGAUUUUCAUAAAUUUCUGGAGAUGGACUGAUGUUUGAUUGUGGCACCGCAUACUUAAUUAGUUAUACAGUUUUGGACGAUCGGGAAGAUCCAUGAGUUGGCGCUACGAAAGAAUAUUAUGAAUUAAGAUCGUGACGGUGGUCUAUAAAAGAUUAAGAUUCUAAUCUUCUCAGUUGGAACCAGACCAUUAGGUUCUAUAUAAGACCCAAACAUUUAAGUUUCAGAUCUCCUCAGUUGGCACCAUAUCAUUACCAUCGGAUCCAGCUUAUAAUAUUCUUACAACAGUUUAAGCUCGAUUAUACAGCAGCCCAAGAAGCAGACUCAUUAUUAUUAUCGCAAGAUUUGAUCAUGACAGUACUUCUGCGUACCAACAAAGAAAUUAGAUAGGGUCCUCGUGGCGCUUAAAUGAGACUCGGACUUCCAAAAUUCGAACGGCCGCUUUCAAACUCCCAUUACUUUACAUCACAUUAACAACCAAGUUUCAGAUCUCCUCAGUUGGAACCAGACCAUUAGGUUCUAUAUAAGACCCAAACAUUUAAGUUUCAGAUCUCCUCAGUUGGAACCAGUUCAUUACCAUCGGAUCUUUGGAGACCAGCUUAUAAUAUGCUUACAACAGUUUAAGCUCGAUUAUACAGCAGUCCAAAAAGCUGACUCAUUAUUAUUAUCGCAAGAUUUGAUCAUGACAGUACCUCUGCGUACCAACAAAGAAAUUAGAUAGGAUCCUCGUGGCGCUUAAAUGAGACUCAGAGAUCCAAAAUUCGAACGGGCGCUUUCGAACUACUAUUAAUUGACAUCACAUUGGAACUAUUGCAACAACAAAUCUUACAGAUGAUAACCGUACCGAUUUUACAGGAAGUUCCAUUGUAGAGACCAAAACCUAGACUUGACAGAAGAACAUUGAGCUUAAAUGGAUUUAAGUAAGUCGAACGAAAGGCAAUCGACGGACCCUCGUUCAGUUUUGGAUCCUGGAUUUGGAUACCGAUCUCUAAUGAUUCUUCAAUGAAGGAUCUGGUACCUUGUAUUACAUUUUAGACCUGAAUCAUUUGAGCGAAGUCGAAGAGCUCUCAUUAAAACUCUAAACCUCUUAAUUUUUUUUCUUCAGAUCAGAACAAAUUCCUGAUUUAUUUGGAAACGAUCAAUUUGUUUUCUUCUGAUGCUCCAGGUUUGGACGAUCGACCCAAAUAGUCCACAGUUCUUCACUGUCUUCCUGUUUUACUCAUUGCACCUAACGCUAAGUGCCAUUAUCUCUCUUUCUCUUUCUCUCCUGAUGCCAAAAUUCAAUGUACCGUUAAUCGACCACGUGUGGUGCCGAAAUGUGCCCUUGAGGUUAUGUUACCAACGAAAAUAGAUUCAACCUUUAUUUACACAUUUUAUCGAUUGCCUGCCUAUGUUUCCUAUUUACACACACUUUUAGUACAUAUGUAUGUACAUAGAUACGCCGUUAUCCUUUCAUGUAAUCUAAUCGCCAUGGCAAGGGGUGAGCGCGCUGCAUUUGCGUAACAAGUAGCUAAUAUUUUUCUUGAAAUACGUCGCAUAUUGUAGUUUGUACCGCUCCGUUAUUGGAUGCUCCAGCCACUGUUAUGUCGGUACGAAACGCCCAACGCCUACACACACGAACACCCACACACACACCAAAAUGCGUAUUGUUGUUAUUUAUACACUUUUGUUGCUGUUUAUGUGGCAAAAAAAAAAAAAACAACAAAAACAACAAAAAGUUGCAAAGACUUUGUAUAUGGCUUGUUUGGGCGGACGGAUUCGGUUACGCCAACGAGGUGCCACCUCGUUGUACCAAGUUCGUCCGGUCGAACGUCAUUCUCGCGCAUUGCCAAGCAGGCUUAGGUGGUGGGGAGUCGGUGACUGUGUCGGUUCAUCUGUGUGUGUGUGUGUGUAAAUAUGUAAUGCAAGUAUUUACUAUAUCGGCGCUGCUCCUCAUCGGCGGCGCAUUCUAUGGGCCGUUGGUAGGGACUAGGGCGCAUACCAAACUCAACUACAAACUGCCAACAGCCUGCUGACUGCUGACUGCUAGCUGGCUUCUGCUAUCGCCAACGAGUGCGAAUUCAUUUCGCUUCAAUUCAGAAGUCUACGCGCUGUUGUGGAUGUUGUAAGGCGGCGCGCGUGUUUGCAUCUUGGUCGUCGUCGGCAGCUCGUUCGGAGUCAUGCUCGUGUGUUUGUAUGUGUGAUUGCUGAUUGCUCAGCAGAAAUGAUUUCGUAGAUACGACGUAAAUGAAAAUGAAAACGCCAGCGACAAUGACAACAAAAGCGGCAACAACAAUAAUAACAAUAGCAACAACAACAACAAUAAUAAUGACAACAACACCACCAGCAUUAAUAAUAACAUUAUUCACCGCGUUUGGCAGUCAGCAAUAAAAUAAAAAAUAAAUAAAGAAAGAACUCCAUUGAGCCAACAUUGCUGGCAGGCAGUGGCUGACGGACGGACGGACGGACGGACACUCAGACAAAAGCAGCCGACUGUUGUAUUGUCCAACUCAGCGACACACAUAUGUACAUAAGUGGACUUAAGUGGCCGCAUUCGCAAGUCGAAUCUCAAUUCCAGUGGCAAUCGCAUUGUGUCCGGCACAACGUGACGUGACGUGUGGAGGCGAGCACAACACAGUGAAAAAAAACAACAACAAAAUCAACAGACACAACAACAGCAAACAUGCUGGCAACGACGGAUGCGAAUUAUAACGAUAUUAAGCGUGUUGUUGCCGACAGCAAUUGAGCUGCCAGCCGAGUGUGUGUGUGGUUGAUUUGCAAAAAAAUGCAAAGCAGCAGAAAAUAAACAACAAAAAAACAAAACAUAAAAUAAAAAAUAAAAAUAAAUAAUAUUUGAGAAAAAAAAUACGAAAAUGAAAUAAAACCGAAAAUUGCGAGAAUUAAAAAAUGCAAUAAAAAGGCUAUAAACAGAAAAAUUGUAUAAAAUAUGCGAACACACCAGAGUGGACAUUAAGAAUGAAGCAAAAAAUGAAUAAAGACAGAAAAUAAAAAAAGAAAAAAAUUAAUAAAAAAGAAACAGAAACAAAAAUAAAAACUGUAUAAAAACUGAAUAAAACUGUAUAAAGCGUAUAAAUGAAUUCAAAGUAAUACAAUAAGAACGUGCGGCGCGUUGCAAAGGCGGUUAGGCGCGGACGAAAAGUUAAUCCGUUGAGGUCAUUACUUAUUCAUUCGUCAAUUCUGUGAACUGAUUUAUGUGCGUGGAAUGCUUUAAAGCGCCUUGAGCUGCGCAGCGUACCAACAUACAGAGCCAACCAAACGCGGUAGCGAGGAGUAGUGGAGCGCGCGUCGUGUGAAUAUCGCCAACAUAAAGCAGUAGUGUCCAUCGCUUAUUAGCGCUGUGACGGCUGGUGUGUGUAGCUUAGCAAGAAAAGCGUGCGCUCAAUAUUUGUCAUUAUCAUUAACGCCAGUGUAUUAAAUGUUAUCGGCUGUUGAGAAUUUUGGCCCGUUGGUCGGACCGGCUGUUGCACUCUCCCAUCAUCCACAUGCCGCCGCGCAUCAUCAUCACCUGCAAGCACAACACCAUCCAUAUACCGCUGAACGUAGUCCGGGCUAUGCGCUGGAUAUAGUGGCCGCCGCCACCGCCGCUGAUGGUAAUGUGCGCGUUUCAGCCGCCCUAUCGCCGCCCACUGCCAUAGUGCCCGUCACUGCUGCCGCCGCCGCCACCAUCAUUUCCACACAGACACCGCUCACACACACACAGUUAACGCAGUUGAAUGCGUUGCAAACACUGAAAUUGCAACAACAACUGCAACAACAGUACGAACAACAAUUGAGUAGUUUCAUUAACGCGCAGUCCGCACAGUCUUCGACGUUGGGCGGCAUCACGGUGUUGCCACAUCGACCGCAACCACAAGUGGCGACGACGCUGAGCGAGGCGCGUGAGCAGCAGCAGCGGCAGCAUCAACAACAACAACAGCAACAUCAUCACUAUCAACUACAACAACAGCAGCAUCAGCAACAACAACAGCAUCAACAACAACAACAACUGCAACACCAACAACAACAACUACGUGAACAACAGUCAAUGAGCGUAAACUUGACACCAAAGUACAUGAGUUCGCCGCGCGAUACCACGACAAUGAUGCCGCUGUCAGAAUUCACACCGCCACCAAAACCGAAACAUGAACAACACAACGCAAUGGAAAAUGGCCAAUGUGGCGCCAUGAAUUUGGUCACAAACAACGCGAGCAACAACGCUUAUGCCAAUAGCACAAAUUACCAAUUAAAUGCGCACGCGCACGCACACGUCAGCAAUAGCAACAGCAAUCCCGCCUCCAUUGAUAACAGCCGGCCAUCGUCCUCUUCCUCCUCGGUGGAUGUGGAGAAUGAUGAGAGCAUGUCGCCUGUGAACAGUGCAACGCAAGCCGCGCGCAAAUUAUUGGAUCCCGCCGCUUUGUUGGCGCACAAGCAACCAACCUACAGCGAGACCAGCGCAUCCUCAGCCGCUGCCGCCGUAGUGGCCGCCUAUCAAUUCAACUACUCACAACUGUAUGGUGGCGGUCGGCCGGCGGGACUUUACAAUGCGCCCGUCAUAUUUGCCGCACACAAUCCGCACGUUUCGCAUGUGGUGCAGCAACCGCAUGCGGUACAUAGUGCGCACGCGCCACCAGCCGGCUACCUCGGCGCAUUGGCGACGCACCCAGCGGCGGUUUCGCCGAACGAAAGUGGCGUCUACUCCAGCGAAUACUUCAAAGCGUUGCAAAACGCUGUCGCUGCGGGGGUAUUUCAAACGCCACCCAACCACACAACACCCGUCUUUCAAACAUCACCGCUGCCCAAUAGUAAUACGACGCCACCAGCUAUCGGCACGACAAAGUCGCGUUUGCGUAGUCCCGCGUCAGCCGCUGUAACAGCGCAAGCGCCGACUCCCUCACCACCUGCUAAGGCUGAGCAGCGCAACGCGACAUCGACGAAACUCUCCACCGGCACUUACCUAUAUGAGAAGGCGAAAAGAUCGCCGCCCGACACGCCGGCGGACACCGAGAAGUUCUUCAAGAUACCCAGCGGCAAGGAGGGCUCACUCAAGCAUCGCAUACUCACGCGUCCAUCGAGCGCCGACAAGCCACUGCCAGCGGCAGUGUGUACGGAAGCUGCGAAGACACCUGUUAUGCGCCCACACAACUCAACGUCCAGCUUUAAGAAGGGCUCAUACAUUGAACUCUCGAAUGGCGCGCUGCGUCGCGUGGAGGAUAUGCGCACCGAGGAUUUCAUACAAUGCGCCGAUCGCAGCCCACACCACCAGCUAAUCGAGUCUACGGUGGUGAAAAUCAACAACAAUCCUGCAUCUCACAGCGUCGUCAUUGCAUUUAGUUACGAUCGCAAUCAGUCGAAGGUCGACAUGGAGGUCGCCACCGAACAUCCAUUCUUCGUUUAUGGCCAAGGCUGGGCAUCCUGCAAUCCCGAAUUGACUUACAAAGCUUUCGGUUUGAAGUGUCUACGCUUACAAGUCGGCGACAUUUGCAUUUCACUUACCAAACGCGAACCACCGAAUAUUAAUAUAAACAACAAUAAUAAUAACAACAACAAUAUUAGUAGUAAUAACAAUAACAAUAAGCAUGUGUAUAUACACGACACAACAACAACACGCAUGCCAACAACAAAUGAAGGCCAUUGCCUAGAACGUGAUCUCCAACCGCCCGCAAUGAGCGACAACAUCUAUGCUACGCAUUUAAAGGGCGCCGCCGGUCUGUGCCCACCGCCCGCCGCACCAUAUCCACUAAUGCGUGGCGCACACGGCGGCACAGUGCAUUUCAUGCCAACACAUCUGCUCGCCAAUGCACCGCCGCCCAGCGCCACACAUCCAGCCUCGUAUGCGCCCAACGAAACGUAUGCACAUUUUCCCUUCCCCACGCCAACAGCGCAAGCGGCAACCCCAUUGCAUAGUACGCGUGUGCAACAUGGCGAUUUAACGACUGCGACUCAAACAUCCACGAAUAGCAGCAGCAGCACAAGGUCUGCGGAUGAAUGCGCCCAGUCAGUGGCGGCGGCAGCAGCGGCAUCAGCGCGUAAGCGUCGCUGGUCGGCGCCGGAGAGUUUUUCCAAUAGCGAAGAUGAGGACGACGAUGCGGCACGUGCGGGUGACUAUCAACCGCCCUUGCGGCAGAAAUCAGCGCCCACAGCGGCGGUAAGCAGCAAUUACAAGCCUUACAUGCCAACAAAUAUGAAUAUGUCAGCGACGGCGGCGGCCGGUCAAUUAAACUGUGAUUUUUCAACAAACUACAAAUAGCAAAAGAUCUCAAUGUUGGCGUGUGAAUUUCAAGUCAAGGCCUGACCUUGUGCGGCAAGCGGUGUAUUUGUAUAUUUGGGAAACACCUCAAUUUAUAUGCGCUGUAUAUGCAACCAUAUAUAUAUACUAUGUAUUAAUGUGCUUUAAGUCGUGGUUGUGUGUGUUGGGAACGCAAUGUGCGGGAAGUGGCUCAGCGUUUUAACUGCCGACGGCAAAAAAUAUUUAUUAUAAUAUUAAAUUUGCUAAUUUUCACAUGAUGUUUGUGUAACUAUUAAAGCGGCUUGGCUUAUUAUUUUUAUUAAAAUAUUUGAAAAAAAACAGCCAUUAAAUGCAAGGCGUACAGUCUUUCAGCGUUAGCAAAAAUCCAUGACUUUUAUACAAAUUGUAUAUUUGUAUUUAGUAAUAUGAACUUAGUGAAUUACAUAUUUAUGAAAAUAGACGAAAAAAUUUGAGUAUUUCGAUUUUCGAGUUGUCAGCCAUUUUGUCGAGUGUUUCAUUAGUUUUAAGCAAAUAAUUGUAAAAAAUAAAUAGUUUAUAGAGUUAUAUGUACAUAGUUUAAAACAACAAUAUAUGCACAUGUAUGUAUAAAUGUAUAUACACGUAUAUAUGUAUUGUACAUGAAUUAUAUAAAAUAUAGCUAAAGCAUAUUCCAGGCGUUAUAUACGUUAUGUAUGUAUGUAUGUAAUACCAUGUCAGACUGUACAUUUGAAAUUAUAGCCAUAUGUAAAUGUAAAAUAAUUUAGUUAUUUGUAGUCAUGUAUAUUUAUAUAAGUGCAUACAUACACAUAUAUUUAGCAUAUAAAUGAUGCUGAAUACAUACAUACAUACAUACAUACAAACAAGUUAUAGCGCACGUGCUUGUGCAUGUUAUGUAAUUAUUAUUUGAUUGUAAUAACUGAGAAAAACAAACAAACAAUUCAUGUAGUCCUGCAACAGUCACUGCAAUAAAGACUAAGUUUUCAAAUAAAAAAAAAAAAAAUAUUUCAACGUAAAAUAUAAAAUAGAGCAUAACCGUUAACGCCGCAAAAUUACAACAACACCCAAUAUUAUAUUUGCUAAUAACAGGUUUAUUUACAUUAUAUACAUUAAUUUAUUUGCCAUAAACCCAAGAGAAGAAGUCAAAGUAAGUGGUUCUAUGCGCCUCAAUCGCCACAACAAUAGUGCGCUGCCCAAUACCACCACUUGUGGCAUAAGCGCGUCCAUCGUUGUUGCUUUGAUAUGUCUGGAUUUUUACAAAUGUAACAACGGCGCCGGGGCCAGCGCCGGCGCUAGGAUACCGCAUUGUUACAGUCAACGUUGUGGGCACAUCAUAAUCGUUUGUGCUCGAGUCGCUCGCGACGAGUCUAUCACCUGUCGGCGCAGAAAAAAUACAUAAUUAAACAAAUGCUUCACAAAAUAAAAUAAAAACUUUGUAAUUUACGUCUACACACCAUCCUGUCUGCUUUCGCCCAAAGUAUAGGUGAUUAUGCUUCUGCCCUGUGGCUGCAGAUAGCGACCCUGAAUCUCUGCUCUUGUAGCUUUCAGUUCUACAGCAUUGGGAUUUUGCGCCAAAAUCUUAUCCAUCUCUUCGGGUGUAACCACUUUAACGAUUACAUUCUUGUCAUCUUCCAAUUGCUCUUGUCGUAUUUCCGCUGCAUUGGCGAGCAACAGCCAAGGCACUAUAGCCAGUAGGCCUAUUAAGGCGACACGUUGAUACAUAUUAAAUA